CCACCUCGCGUCCAGAUGCGUCCCGGGCUGGCGGGUCUAGCGGCGGAGAUGCUGAGCGGGGCUUCAGGCAGGCUCAGGCCGAGGCUCGGCAGCCUCUUGCUGGCCCCGGGCACCAGGACAGCGCCGCAGCCGACGUCCAGCGCGGAGAGCCCCCGAUUCCGCUCCACGUCCUCCGUGCAGGGCUUCACGGAGCUGGCGAGGGAGAGGUCCAAGUCCGUCACGUCGUUCUACAACCAGUCCGGCAUCGACGUCUCCGCGGAGAAGGCCUCAGUGCGACUGACCUUAGCCACCCUGUUGUAUUCUGGGAAGUCUCCUGACGGACAUCACAUCUUGAGCAGUGCCAAGUACCUCCACAAAGAGCUGCCUGUACGAAUCGCUCAUCGCAUCAAGGGCUUCCGCAGUUUGCCCUUCAUCAUUGGCUGCAACCCCACGAUUCUGCAAGUGCAUGAACUGUAUAUCAGAGCGUACCACAUGGUCAGUGACUUUCCACAGAUCAAAGAUCAGGAGUCUGAUGCUCGUUUCUGUAAACUGGUGCAGCAGCUCCUGGACGACCACAAAGACGUGGUCACCAUGUUGGCUCAGGGCUUCAGGGAGUGCCGCCGACACAUCCAGGAUGAGACUCUUGUCCGCAGCUUCCUGGACACCACGCUCUGCUCUCGACUGGGAAUCCGAAUGUUGGCCACGCACCAUCUCGCCCUCCACGAAGAAAACCCUGAUUUCGUCGGGAUGAUAUGCAGACGCCUCUCUCCCAAAAAGAUCAUCGAGAAGUGGGUGGACUUUGCCAGACGUCUGUGUGAGCACCAGUAUGGGAACUCGCCCCGGGUGAGGAUCAACGGACACGUAGCCGCUCGUUUCCCCUUCAUCCCUCUGCCUCUGGACUACAUCCUGCCCGAGCUCCUGAAGAACGCCAUGAGGUCCACCAUGGAGAGUCAUUUGGACACCCCGUACAAUGUGCCUGAUGUGGUCAUCACUAUCGCCAACAAUGACAUUGAUUUUGUCAUCAGGAUCUCAGACCGCGGUGGUGGAAUCCCUCACAACAUACUGGACAAGGUGAUGGACUACCACUUCAGCACGGCCGAGGAGAGCGCGCAGGACCCUCGCAUGAGCAACAACCUCUUCAACAACAUUACCAACAGUGGAAACCAGUCCAGCCCGAUGCAUGGGUUCGGCUUCGGCUUGCCCACGUCUCAGGCCUACGCCGAGUACCUGGGCGGCUCCUUGACCAUACAGUCUAUGCAGGGCAUCGGCACCGACAUCUACCUGCGUCUGCGCCACAUCGACGGCAAAGGAGAGAGCUUCAGGGUGUAAAGCUGCCCCCCCCCCCCCGUCAUCCCAGUAGAUCCCGACCUGGGAUUCAGGCCGUGCAGGAGUGAAGAGGGGCUUCCUCCUCCAGGGAGGCUGGCAUGGACUACAGGACUUCGGUCCACAGAGUGAUAGCCUACACAGUAUGUUGUCAAAAAAGAAGCUCCUAAUUUCACCAACUCACUACUUGUUUGUAUUUUGUUGUUUAUUUCUGCCUUAGACUGAUUAUAAGCUAUGUUAGCUGUCAACUUGAUGAUUUCAAUUGUUUUUUUUCUUUUUUGUGUAUUGUACCCUGGGGCUUGUUGUCUUGAAGUUGAAGCUCCACGCGUGUUUGGAUCAGCAGAUCCUCGCAGUGCGUUAUCCGCCGGUGGAUUUUAGUGUAUGAGGGACGAUGGCGUACGUUCACAGUAACAGACAGUAGUUUCACUUCAGGGUCUUUAUAUUAGAGGAGACGUAUGAUGCUCCCCCCCCCCCCCCCGUUGGUCUGUCCUUGGAGUCUGGCAGGGACGAAGCCUUCUGUCCGUCCUCUGCGUUCUGCUUGUCAGUGUUUGUGCUAGUCUUCUCAAGGUUUACAGAUAAAGAAGAAACAGCAGUAGCACAGGAAAUUGGGGGCAGUGUAGCCAAUAAGCGAGAGAACCAUGAGGAAGGAAUGUCAACAAUGGCAGAACUUUCUGAGGAGAGACUUGUAAGAAACUAUUGACGGCAGCUUUUGCCUCCUUUCUAAAGAGGAACGUCAUCACAACCUCCUCCAGGUCACGGUUGUUGUUGUCGGAAACAUCUCGACUCUGCGCUGCCCUCUAGUGGAUGUUAUUGCUUAAAAACAAUGUAAAAAACUUGGAAGUCAGGGUUACAUUGUUCGGGCUUCAUAGGACCGGGGCCAAUAAACCGGACUAAGAAGAAGACAGAGGCUGAUGAGAGGAGCUGCAGCAAAGGACGUGCAAACAUUUCAAGUAAUACAGAUUAGGAACCUGAAUCAGAGCAGAAUAUGUCUCCUUUUUAAAGAUCAGACACUUUCCAGGAUGUGUGAUAAACCUCGGUCCUCGACCACCUGUAGCAUUAAUCUACAAACCCGCCUCCAGCUCAGUUCGGUUCGGCCGUGGCUGAGAAAACACAGAAGUUAAAAAAACGCCAAACAAAUCACCAGAUGCUCAUUAACAGAUUUGCGUCUUGUUCUGUUUUGAGAACACACGACAACGAGAUAUAUGUUGGUGGAGCUUUCAGGCGGGGGAGCCAACCCAGAUGUUCAGUUGCCUUACAGUGUGACGCUUCCACCGCUUGCUUUCACUCUUCUCUGCUUUCUUUAUUUCUCUUAUUAUUAUUUUCCGUUGCCUUUUAUUGGUUCACACAGAUGCAUGCCGUUGUCAGUUAUUCAUUAGUUUGAUGUUUAGUUUAAUUUUUUUGGUCAUAAAAUGCUCAGCACCUGCACCGAUCACAGCAGAUUUUGAGUUUAUUGUUCACGACCUUCAGAGUAACAAUAUACCAGAGAAGUAUUAUGCAUUGUCUUCUAUUUCAGUUAUUGUUUUUAUGAGUUAGAAAUUCUGUUUGGAAAAUCUCAUUUGUGUUUGUUUUUUUUGAAUUAAGUUUUGUAUGAGAUCACAUCUGUGGGAGAUUAGAUCAGCGGCGGUUGUUAAUAAUUAUUUCCAUAAUCACGACUGAAUUUCCACAAGACAACAAAUGGCCACUUGUGUAUUUUGUAUAGUUUAUUUUAGGAGUUUUGGCCCCUUUUGACCUCCGAUUUAAAAAGAAGCAUCUCCACCAUCUCCCACUGUCCAGGAAUGAAGCUCAAACGUCCUCGAUAUGAAAGUUCUCGAGUGGUGGAGUCCGGUAGCAAGGUCCUGUCGUUUCAGUUUAAGUUAGCUUAUUAUCUUCAACACUAAAACUUUUAUUUGUAAAGUCAUUAAUUCAGGAUUACAGGCUUCUGAACUUUGUGGUCAGUCUGAGUCGGUUUUUAAUCAGUCGUUCCUUUUUGACCUGAGGACGAACGGAUGAUUAUUAUUACAAAAGAAAAACAUCCCUCUUACGGAAAAGAGGAAAAUCUAAUGUGAGAUAAAAUUUAAAUUAAUAUAUUCAAGUUGUGAUCUUUCCCCCAAACGUGAUUAGUAACCCUGGCCUCUCUGAGUUUCCAAUUUUAAUUUACAUGAAGCCGGUUACACAUGUUCAGCAGAGUUCAUCACUUUCUCAUCUGCGUAACAUUCCCCACUUGUUCUCAAGCAGCAGAUCAACCUGACGUCUACUCGUGUUCUGGGAGCAGAUGUCAUGAUACUGAUGUUGGGAAUCUUAACAGGACAAACGGGAACAUCUGUGAACUUUGUAAAAAUCACAUGAACUUGUCAUUUUUUGGGCUGUGAGAUAUUCACCCUGUGCAUUAUCGGUUGUAUCACUGGCCUGGAGCUGUAAUAUAUUAAAUCCUAAAAAUAUGCGUAUUAAAAGCUUAAGAAUCGCAUAAAUAUUAUAAACGGAAGUUAUGAAUAAUGGAGGAAUCUGAAAACGUUUUAAAAAUCUUACAAAUCAAGUAACCGGUUCCCUUGAGUGCUUCAAUUCUCUUUCCAGUGCGUUUACAUACAAAAUGUUCCCUUGAGUUUAAGAUGAGACAUUUUGUCUCGUGGGACGUUGUGAAAACACAAGUGAACCAGUUAUUUCAGUUGAUGGAGAUCAGUGACACAAUCUGAUUGAAUUAGUGAGAGUUGAAACAUAACUUGUUUAACUGUGUAACCUGUAUUCUUUGCUGAGGCCAUGUGUUUGAUUUCAUGUGUUUUCAUUGUGGACUUGAAGGUCCUGAAGAUGUUGUAGCUUGUGCAUGUAAAUCUGAGGGGGGGGGGGGGGGGGGGAGCUGAAAUAUGGAUUAAAGUCUGUGUCCUUUUUUCAGGCACGUGACAAAGGAUUUUUUUGUUUCUUCUAUUCAACCAGGAUAUAACUUCUUGAAUUUUAGAAACCUGCAGUGUCAUGUAUGAAAUGUGACACAUGUUCACUGUCUGCCCUCUGUUGGCCUAAAAAAGAAGUGUAUCCAGACUGAGCAGCAUUUCAGUUUUUAAAGAAAAGGAAAAGAGUUCAUGCGACAUAUAUAAAAGAAAAGAAAGAUUAUUUCCAUUUUCCAGGUUUGGGGUUUGUUAUUUUUGCCGAUAGAAAUGAAGAUGAUUCAUGUUACUGAGAAAACUUGCUGCCAUGAUGGAAUGUGUUUGUCUCCUUGACUAAAAAUCUGCUUCUCCCACAUGUUUUCUGUUUUGUUGAGAAAAUUUUAGACAUUAAAUUUUACUUGGUUGGAA